GUCACGGACAUCGAAAAGUCGUUGAAACGUACAACGCUAGUCAACGAAAAUGGGUGGACGACAUGGUUUCUGCUUGUUCGGUAUGUUUGUUUCUGCAGAAAACACAAGAAAACAGCGAACAAUUCGUUGUCUCCAGAUGUUGUAUAAUUGUUGUUUCAUGCAUUCUAUCUUGAAGUUCGUAAAUACAUUACACACGUAAAAAACGCACAAGUUGUAACAAACCUGCAGCAGAUUUGUAGCAAUGCUGUUCCAAGAACUUGUCAACAGGAUGUGUUCGCACUGCUUGUUCCCAGCUUGUUGACAGGCUUCAACGGCUUGUUGAAAACUUGCUACAAGGUUGUUGAGCUUAACACACUUGUUACAAGUUGUUCCAACAACUUGUUAUCGUCCUGCAAUUCAACGAUCUGUCAACAGGUUGUGAGUGACAACCUUGUAGCAACUUGAUAAAAUAACAACAUUGUUACAACUUGUUGACAAACUUGCUACAAGCAUGUUCCGAACACAUCUUAUAACAGUUGACAAGCUGUUAGAUUUUUACUUGUGUACAUGUACACUGCACGUAAAAACGCACAAGUUGUAACAAACCUGCAGCAGACUUGUAGCAAUGCUGUGCCAACAACUUGUCAACAGGAUGUGUUCGCACUGCUUGUUCCCAGAUUGUUGACAAGUUAUGAACCGAUGAACGGCUUGUUGAAAACUUGCUACAAGGUUGUUGAGCUCAACAGACUUGUUACAAGUUAUUCCAACAACUUGUUAUCGUCCUGCAUUUCAACAAUUUGUCAACAAGUUGUGAGUGACAACCUUGUAGCAACUUGAUGAGAUGACAGCAUCGUUAUAACUUGUUGACAAGCUUGCUACAAGCCUGUUCCGAACACUUCUUAACAGUUGACAAGCUGUUAGAUUUUUACUUGUGUACAUGUACCAGGUUUAAAUAAUUUUAGACGAUAGAAAAGCAAGAAGUAGACAGAGUUGAAUUUACCAAGAAGCAAAGUAUGCUGUUUGUAUUUUUGAGGAAAGAAGUCAAUGAAAGUUAAUCAAACUUUCCGUUAUCACAGUCUUGCAAUAACCUUUCCGACUACACGCGCAAAAACGCACAAGUUACAGAUCUGCAAACAAGUUGUUUACAAAUCUGUUCACAAGCUGUCAACAAGUUGUCUUCGCACUUCUUGUUCCGAGUUGUUGUAACAAGUUUGGAACAAUGAUGGUAUUAUCAGACUUGUUACAAGGUUGUUCUAACAAGUCUGAUACAGUCAUGAUAUUACAAGAAUGUUACAAGGUUGACUACACAAGGUUGUAACAAUAUUGUUAUAUCAUGACUGUAUCGGACUUGUUGGAACAAGUUUGCAACAAGUCUGAUAAUAUCAACAAGGUUGUUACAAGUUGUUAACAGCUUGUUCCAAACGUGUUGACAAUUUGGGACAAGCAGUGCGAACACAACUUGUGGACGGCUUGUUGGCAGACUUGCUGCAAGAUGUGAGCUUUUUUGCGUGUGUAAGGGAGGAUUUCCACUCACAGAGAAAUAUUUCGCUUGGUUUCUUUUGAAUUCAAAAGAAAUUGAGCAAAGUGGAAAUCCAGCUUAAUUCCACAGUCUCUCAAAAUUGUUUCACAAAUGAUACAUGGAAAUACUCUGACCAGAACUAUAGGACGCAAAACCAGCCUGUUCUAGCGUUGUGAAAGUUCUGUACAUGUUUUAGGCCAUGGAAGAAAUUGUUAGCAAAGUGGAUGAAGUUGAGGCUCAUAAAGACAGAAAAUUAUUCAUAGAUAAGUGUGGAACUGGCUCAUUACGACCGGUGGAUAUGCCGUAA